AUGCCGUUGCGGACUGCUUUGACGAACAUGCUUGGCAUCGAACAUCCGAUUAUUCAAGGAGGCAUGCAAUAUGUUGGGUAUGCAGAAAUGGCAGCCGCUGUUUCCAAUGCUGGAGGAUUGGGCAUUGUGACUGGCCUUACCCAGCCCAGCCCAGAAGCGUUGCGUGCCGAAAUUCGACGAUGUCGCACUAUGACGGACAAACCCUUCGGAGUGAACCUGACGAUUUUGCCAGCUCUGAUCCCUGCAGAUUACGAUGCCUACGCGCGGGUGCUGGCCGAAGAAAAGGUGACUUUGGUGGAGCUGGCUGCUGGCUCGCCUAAGAAAUACACGCCCAUGUGGAAAGCUGCUGGUGUCAAGGUUUUGCACAAGUCUGCAACCAUCCGGCAUGCACUGAAGGCCCAGGAAGCCGGAGUAGACAUCAUCGAGAUUGUCGGCUACGAAGGUUCGAUCGCUGGUGGGCAGCCUGGCGAUGAGGUAGGAGCUUGGGUGCUGUUGGCAAAGGCUACAUCUAUGCUGAAAGUGCCAGUUGUAGCAGCUGGCGCUUCAGGAACCGGGAGGCAACUGGCGGCUGCUUUGGCCAUGGGGGCACAAGGAGUCACCAUGGCAACGCGGUUCCUGUGCACCGUGGAGGCUCCCAUUGAUCAGAAAAUCAAGGAGUGCAUGAUGCGUCCAGAGGUAGAUGAGAGGCAGACGACUAUCGUUCUUGGAACUUUGAGCAACGCCACCCGUGUCUUCAAGAAUGGCGUGUCACAGGAGAUCCGGCAAAUCGAAAACAAAGGUGACGUGGACUUCAGUGAAGUGAUGCCGUUGGCAUCUGGCAGCCGCACCAAGAAGAUGUGGCAAG